CCGAGUUCAAAACAACAAGGACGGUGUUUUAAAACGCGAACAUUCGCAGAAGUGAAAGUUUUAUAUAUUUAAACUCGAUAAUCUUACAAUUAAACAUGUUUGUGACCGAUAUUCGAAAGGAGUUUUAUGAUGUUGUCGUUAAUCAGAGAGUGGCUUUGCUGGUGUCUUCUGAUAUUGAUGCCUUGUGUGCCUGUAAAGUCCUGCAGGCUUUAUUUCACUGUGACCACGUCCAGUAUACACUGGUUCCUGUGACGGGAUGGCAGGAUUUGGGAACCGCCUUUUUAGAGCACAAAGAACAGUACAAGUAUUUUGUCUUGAUAAACUGCGGGGCAAACGUGGACCUGCUGGAGACCCUUCAGCCUGAGGAAGACUCUGUUUUCUUUAUCUGUGAUACCCACAGACCUGUUGAUGUGGUCAACGUCUACAAUGACAGUCAGAUUAAACUCCUCAUCAAACAAGAUGAUGACCUUGGCGUUCCGUCCUAUGAUGACAUCUUUCGUGAUGAUGAGGAGGACGAAGAAGCAGAUGGUGAUGACUCUGGAAAUGAAAGCGAUGGAAGUGCAGAGCCUUCUGGGAAACGGAGGCGCUUUGAUGAGGAUGCGUUGGAGAGAAGAAUAGAACGACAGCGGGCCAGACGGGAAUGGGAAGCUCGAAGGAGAGAGAUUCUCUUUGACUAUGAGCAGUACGAGUUUCAUGGAACAUCAGCAGCGUUGGUGAUGUUUGAACUGGCCUGGGUCAUGUCUAAAGACACCAAAGACAUGCUGUGGUGGAGUAUCAUUGGACUGACAGAUCAAUGGGUGCAUGAUAAAAUCCCACACAUGAAAUAUGUGACAGACAUUGCGACUCUACAGCGCCAUGUGUCCCGACACAACCAUAAAAAUGAAGAUGAGGAGAAUUCACUGUCCAUCGACUGCAUGAGGAUCAAUUUCGAAUACGAUCUGAGGUUGGUGUUGUAUCAGCACUGGUCUCUGUACGAGAGCAUCUGUAACUCCUGCUACACCUCCUGUAGCUUUAAACUGUGGUCAAUCAAUGGACAGAAGAAACUUCAAGAAUUCCUGGCAGACAUGGGUCUUCCAUUAAAGCAGGUGCGGCAGAAGUUUAACUCGAUGGAUAUGACUAUUAAGGAGAACCUGCGUGAAGUGAUUGAGGAAUCGGCUACUAAAUUUGGUAUGAAAGACAUCCGUGUUCAGACGUUCGGUGUGCACUUUGGCUUUAAGAACCGUUUCCUGGCUAGUGAUGUAGUUCAUGCUGCUGCCGCCCUGUUGGAGAACGUAGAGAAAGAUGAAACGCCAACAGACAACUUCAUCAAAGCUCUGGACUGUCUGUCUAGGAGUAAUCUGGAGCGUCUGCAUUUAGGCAUUGAUCUGGCCAAGAAGAAGCUGAAGGCCAUUCAGCAGACGGUGGCGAGCUGCAUCUGCACAAACCUCAUAUUGUCACAGGGGCCUUUUCUCUACUGCCAUUUACUGGAGGGAACACCAGAUGUGAAGCUGUUUUCUAAACCCCUGUCUCUGACUCUGCUCUCCAAAUACCUGCUCAAAGCCUUCGUCUGCUCCACGAGGAACAAGCGAUGUAAGAUACUGCCGCUUAUAAUGGCUGCUCCUCUGGAUAUCGAGAAGGGGACUGUCAUCGUUAUGGGAAUUCCUCCAGAAUCGGAGACAUCUGACAAGAAAAAUUUCUUUGGUCGCGCUUUUGAAAAGGCAGCUGAGAGCACCAGCUCCAGAACUCUGCAUGAUCAUUUUGACACAUCAGUUAUUGAGCUAAAGAUGGAAGACAGAGGGAAGUUUCUGGAUGCCCUCAUCACCCUGUUGUCGUAAACUACACCCACUGCAUGCUGAAAAUGAUCGUCAAACCCUGGACAGACAUGUGUAUGAGUGUGCAUGUGCAAAGAGACUCGUCCACACUCAAGUGGAAUUUCACAGGCCUCGAGUAAACGUGAGGUUUACCAUGUUUUCAGUCAGUUUGGUGCCAAAUACCUUCACAUUUUCACGCUUCAGACCGUCUGAAGACUCGGAGAUCAGCUCAGAGAUAUUUUGGUCAGGGGCUGCACGGACCUUCUGUUUGACUCUACAGGCCUGAUUUUAAGUGUGUUUGGUUUUGUGUUGUCCUUUUAGUUUGUGUUUGUGCAUGUUAUAUAUGAAUUUAUUAAAUGAUUUUUAUAAACAUUUGAGCUGAAGGUGGA